UGUGAACCCGGGCGCCAAGGCCAUGUCCGGCGCCCGCUGCCGGACCCUGUACCCCUUCUCCGGGGAGCGCCACGGCCAGGGGCUGCGCUUCGCCGCGGGCGAGCUCAUCACGCUGCUGCAGGUCCCGGACGGCGGCUGGUGGGAGGGCGAGAAGGAGGACGGGCUGCGCGGCUGGUUCCCGGCGAGCUACGUGCAGUUGCUGGAGAAGCCUGGAAUGGUCCCCCCUCCGCCAGGAGAGGAAAGCCAGACUUUCGUCCUUCCGCCUGGCUGGCAGAGCUACCUGUCGCCUCAGGGCCGGCGCUACUAUGUCAACACGACCACCAAUGAGACCACCUGGGAACGUCCCAGCAGUUCUCCUGGGAUUCCAGCCAGCCCUGGCCCUCACAGGAGCUCUCUGCCUCCAACAGUGAAUGGAUACCACGCGUCAGGGACCACAGCGCACCCUCAAGAGACUACCCACAUGAGUCUCCGAAAAUCCACCGGUGAUUCCCAGAACCUGGGAUCCUCGUCACCAAGCAAAAAGCAGAGCAAAGAAAACACCAUCACAAUAAACUGCGUGACAUUCCCUCACCCAGACACAAUGCCAGAACAGCAGCUGCUGAAACCAACCGAGUGGAGUUACUGCGACUACUUCUGGGCUGAUAAGAAGGACCCCCAAGGCAAUGGCACCGUGGCUGGGUUUGAACUGCUGCUUCAGAAACAACUGAAGGGCAAACAGAUGCAGAAGGAGAUGUCAGAAUUCAUCCGGGAAAGGAUAAAAAUUGAAGAAGAAUAUGCGAAGAACUUAGCUAAGCUCUCUCAGAGCUCCUUGGCUGCACAGGAGGAAGGCUCCCUGGGAGAAGCGUGGGCCCAGGUGAAGAAGAGCCUCGCUGAUGAGGCAGAAGUUCACCUCAAGUUCUCUGCCAAGCUUCACAGCGAGGUGGAGAAGCCUCUGAUGAACUUUCGUGAGAACUUCAAGAAAGACAUGAAAAAGUGUGACCACCACAUUGCUGACCUCCGCAAGCAGCUCGCCAGCCGCUAUGCCUCGGUGGAGAAGGCCCGGAAAGCCCUCACAGAGCGGCAGAGGGACCUGGAGAUGAAGACGCAGCAGCUGGAGAUCAAGCUGAGCAACAAGACAGAGGAGGACAUCAAGAAGGCACGGAGGAAGUCCACACAGGCUGGAGACGACCUCAUGCGCUGUGUGGACCUCUACAACCAGGCCCAAUCCAAGUGGUUUGAAGAGAUGGUGACUACCACAUUGGAGCUGGAGCGACUGGAGGUGGAGAGGGUGGAGAUGAUCCGGCAACAUCUGUGCCAGUACACACAGCUGCGGCACGAGACGGACAUGUUCAACCAAAGUGUGAGUUCUCAACCCAGCAGGGCCCUGGGUGACACAGGGCCUGGGAGAACCACCAGGCACUAUGCCAUGGUAGGUUAA